GGAUCCAUAUCCUACACACCCAUAUUUUAAGACGCUACCUACCUAAUGUAAAAGCAGUGGGCUCGCUGAUCGAGAUAUACGUACAUAAUUACAUUGCAUAUCGCCCUGAGGGUGUCGUCCGUCUCAACGAAAAACGGCCCGGGUACUACAUCGGGCUAGUAAACGCCGCCCGGGAAAAGUCAAAGACUCUGUGUUCUCACUCUCUCGCGGCACGAGGUUGUACUGGUAAAAGCCAUCUGAACGAGGCUCGAGGGUGCUGUUCACACCAAACUGAAACAAUUUCUGUCGAGUCACGCCUGGCAAGGCCAACGGAUAAGAUUAGAAUGU